AUGGAGUUCACCAGUGACAAAUGGACACAGAUGGUGGACGGCGAGAGAUACUGCAUCUUGCGUGAGCCGCAGAUUAUCCGGGAAAUCUUGCAGUUUGAACCAGGUGAAAACGACGUGGUGCUGAUGACUUACCCGACAUCUGGUACUCACUGGAUGCAGCAGAUAAUGCAGCUCAUCGUCUACAGAGGUUCGAGUGCUGCGACACACGAUGAAUUUCACAAGCGGUCCCCAUUUUUGGAGGACUACGGUGAAAAAAUCUCGGAAAUGAUGACCGAUUCGCACCCGAGAAUCCUGACUACCCAUUUCAGACCCGGAUUACUCGAAAUCAACCGGUCUUCAAAAUACGUCUACGUCGCCAGAAACCCGUGGGACUUGUGCGCCUCGCUCUACGACCAGUCUCGACAGACCCCACUCUAUCCAUUGCGGGCGACUUUCGAGCAAUUCCUGUCGAUGUUUCUCCAGGGAUACGUGCCUUACGGGAGCUACUUUCAGCACGUGAGCGCUGCUUAUAAACUGAGGAAUGAAUCGAACGUAUUCUUUAUCACCUACGAAGAGAUAAUAGAAAACACAGCAGGAAUUUCUGUUCGUCUUGCUCAUUUUUUGGGUGAGAACCACGGAAAGGCCGUUUUGGAGGACUCUGGGCUACUUGGUGACAUCGUCAGAAAGUGCAGCACCGAUUUCAUGAAGGAGAUGAUGACCAUUCCCACUGUGGAUAUGGCACACGUGAUGGUGCAGAACAAGGAGCUUUUGCCUCUUACAGAUGUUUCGACACCGAGAGAUGGUGCAAAAGUUGUCAGGUUCGUGCGCCAUGCAAGAGUGGGCAGAUGGAGAGAGGUGUUCACAAAGGAGCAACUCAGAGAAACGCUUUCGCACAUUGAGAGAAUCGGGAAUGGUGGGUUUGUUAAGAAGCUCUGGGGUAAUAUAUGGCGACAGGUUACAGAAGCAUCGAAGUAA